AUGUUGUGUCUAAAAUUACUGCUGCUGGCAAUAUUUUCUACGGAACAGCCGAUAUUGCCUGCAAGAUUGUCACCUUUCGUUGACGCAGCUGCAUGUAAAGGAUGUGUACCGCCCUGUAUCUGUCCUGGACGAAAAGGAGAGCGGGGCAUACCAGGUUUUCAAGGUGAAAGAGGUCAUCCCGGAGCACCUGGUCAGGAUGGUGGUGAAGGGCAAGCUGGCGCAGGUGGAAUGCAAGGUGCAGAAGGAGAUUUCGGUGAUCCAGGAAUGAAGGGUGCUAGAGGCGAUCGAGGUUUACCAGGCGCACCGGGUCAUGUUGGAUAUCCCGGACUCGAUGGCUUACCUGGUAUGAAGGGUGAAAUGGGUAUACCGGGAUGCAAUGGUACGGAUGGAAGACCAGGAUUACCAGGUUUAACGGGUCCUCCAGGUUUAAGAGGUCCUCCUGGCGAACCGGGUCGUUCUGGAUAUCCUGGACCACCGGGCGAAGGAGGUAUCAAUUCAAUUGGCAGGAAAGGUGAACGAGGAGACUCGGGUCGUGCUGGAUUACCUGGUAUACCAGGUUUACCCGGAUUACCAGGACCGAAAGGUGCGAAAGGAGAUCCUGGACCGUAUGGACCACCAGGCUUCCCCGGUCCUCAAGGUCCGAAAGGACGCAUGGGAAUUCGAACACCGGGUAUGAAGGGUGAAAAAGGUUUAGCAGGACCACCAGGACCACCCGGGCCACCAGGUAGCUUUGCUGGUGCAUCUGCUCCGGAAGAAACGGAAGUAAUUCAAGGACCUGUGGGACAACCAGGUUUGAAAGGUGAGAAAGGACGAGUUGGUCCAGUUGGACCUCCUGGAUUUGCUGGAAGUGAUGGGGUGCAUGGAUUUCCAGGAAUCAAAGGACAAAAAGGAGAUCCUGGCGAUUUAGGAGCGAGAGGCAAACGAGGGAAAGAUGGUCCUAUGGGUUUGAUCGGAGAAAAAGGUGAAACAGGCAUCCAGGGUGUACCAGGUCUUGAUGGCUAUUCGGGACAGAAAGGUGCUGCUGGUGAAUUGGGUUAUGACGGUCGAAUCGGCCAAGAGGGUGAUCCUGGACCACCGGGUGAAUUUGGUGUCGGCAGAGGGCAGCCAGGACCACGCGGUUUACAGGGAAUUGAUGGAGCACCCGGAAAAAAAGGACAACCAGGUACCCCAGGUGGAUUAGGUCCAGUCGGUGCUCGAGGACCGAAUGGUGCUCCCGGUCUACAAGGAUCUCCUGGUCUAAGUGGCAUACCUGGAUAUUCAGAGAAAGGUGAUCGUGGUGCAGAUGGCAAUCCAGGUUACGUGGGAGAUGCAGGAGCGCCGGGCACUCCUGGUGACUGCGGAGUGCCAGGUGAACAAGGUUUACCAGGCUUCGACAUCCAAGGACCACCAGGAUUGGAAGGAAGGCCUGGUCGCGACGGUUUUACUGGAGUGCCGGGUGAUGUGGGUGAUCAUGGAUUAGCGGGUUUGAAAGGGUUUCCUGGUACUGGUGUUUCGAAAGUGGGUCCGCCAGGUAUGAUCGGUUUAAUAGGGCCGCCUGGAGAGAAUGGACGAAUCGGUUUAGAUGGAAUACCGGGUAGUGCUGGUUAUCCUGGGGUAAAGGGUGAUGACUGUGGAUAUUGUGCACCGGGUGUACCAGGACAAAAGGGCGACGCUGGUCUUCCCGGUCAGGAUGGAUAUCCAGGUCCAGUGGGUCCAAACGGAAAUCAAGGUCUUCCUGGAAUGAAAGGUUUAGCUGGAAAACCAGGACAUCUGGGUUCUGAUGGACAACAGGGUUCCGAAGGUUUGCCGGGACUACCGGGUUUCCAGGGAAUAAAAGGUGAGGCGGGAGAAAUUCUUGGUGGAAUGGAGAAUCCUCGAGGAUUCCCAGGAAUCAAAGGAGAAAGAGGGGAAUCAGGUAUUCCUGGAGAACGAGGAAAUCCUGGAGUUGAUGGGUUACCUGGACCACCAGGUCCAGAUGGAACACUCGGUUUUCCUGGAGAAAAAGGCUUACCAGGAAUUAACGGAAAGCAUGGUCGUGAUGGAGCUCCUGGACAGUCUGGAGCGGUUGGACCACCAGGUGACUCAUAUCCAGGUCCGCCUGGUCUAGAUGGGACAAAAGGUGAACGAGGUGCUGAUGGUUUGCCAGGUCUUCCUGGACCAAUUGGACCACAAGGACCACCAUAUAGUGGUCUAAUUAGAAGUUUGGUUGGUCGUGAUGGUUAUAAUGGAGCACCGGGGUUGAAGGGAAUGCGUGGAUCCGAUGGUCUUCCCGGUUUACCAGGCUCACGUGGUCUGGAUGGGUUACCAGGAAGAGUUGGUGAACCUGGCAUUAUUGGAUAUCCUGGUAAGCUCGGACAGAGCGGAAUUCCCGGACAUCCUGGUUUGUUGGGAGACGAUGGAUACCCAGGAAUUCCUGGUGAAAGUGGAUUACCGGGAGCAGGAGGUCUUCCUGGCCUUAGUGGCCUAUCAGGUUUACGCGGCGAACCAGGUAUAGGCUUAAUCGGACAAGUUGGUUUUCCCGGAGGAAAAGGUGAGAGCGGUAGACCUGGUUAUCGAGGACAUGUUGGGAAAGCAGGAGCACAAGGAAAGAUAGGAGUUGCUGGUGCGAAAGGUGCAGAAGGUGAAAAUGGUUAUCCUGGACUAGCUGGGAUCCCUGGAAAAAAAGGUGAACGUGGUUUACCGGGAAUACCGGGAAAAAUAGGACGUCCAGGACGAGCAGGAGAAGCUGGCACCCCAGGAAUUCCAGGACUGAAAGGAAGAAAUGGUAUUCCCGGCAGAGAUGGUUUGCCUGGAAUUAAAGGAGAAAGAGGUUUUGCUGGACUGCCAGGUUUACCUGGAAAAGUUGGAGCGAUCGGCGAGGCAGGAACUCCUGGUGAAAAUGGACUGUUUGGUUAUCCAGGACUGAAAGGAGAACCAGGUAUAGAUGGGAUGCCAGGACAACCCGGUUUCCCUGGUAUGUCAGGAGAUCGUGGACUUGAUGGAUUGCCUGGGUUGCAAGGUGUUGAUGGCGAACCAGGUCUACCUGGUGUUCCUGGACUAGAAGGCCUUCCUGGUUUAUCUGGAGCUCCAGGUUUUGCUGGCUUGCCUGGCAUAAAAGGAAUACGUGGUGAACCUGGACGAUUUGCUCAUCCAGGACCGCCAGGUGACGUCGGAUUACCAGGACCACAAGGCCCCAUUGGUUUACCAGGACAGGAUGGAAUACCGGGGACUAAAGGAGAACCUGGUUCAUUGGGAAACAGUUAUUCCGGUUUACCAGGCUUGCAAGGCACGGAAGGAGAACCUGGUAGAGAUGGAAUCGAUGGACCUGUUGGGUUUCCUGGUUUACCAGGAAUGAUUGGUUAUCCAGGAGCCAAAGGUGAGCAGGGCGAUAUAGGAAGGAGUGGUGGACGUGGAUUUGAUGGACAACCAGGCAUACCUGGUGUCAAGGGUGAAUUUGGGUUGCCAGGACUACCAGGUAUUCCCGGUAUUCAAGGUCCACCUGGAUUAGACGGCAUGUUGGGUCAAAAAGGUCAUGCUGGUCUUCCAGGUGAGCCUGGAUUUGAUGGUCAGAGAGGAAAAUCAGGAGAACACGGUAGAAAAGGAGAAAUUGGCCAGUCAGGAUCUCCUGGAUCAAUUGGUCCAGUAGGAGCACCUGGUAUACCGGGUGAAGUGGGCUUAUCUGGAUUACCAGGUAUGCCUGGUGAUGAGGGUAGUGCAGGUCUGCCAGGCAUACCAGGAAUCAAAGGUUUACGUGGUGAUGCUGGUGCUGUGGGCUCUGCUGGCUUGAACGGCUUUCCUGGCAUUGCUGGUGCUCGAGGUGACGAUGGGCUCCCUGGUCUGCCAGGAGCACCUGGAUUCGGAGUUCAAGGUCCACCGGGUGAUAUAGGUUAUCCUGGAAUUGACGGUAAACUUGGUUUGCCAGGUUUUAAAGGUGGACGUGGUGAAGAGGCCAGGUCAGGUAUGGCCGGUGCGUCCGGUAUGCCUGGUACUGAUGGUCUUCCAGGUUAUCGUGGUGAAAAAGGCAUUUCUGGAAUUCCGGGCAAAAGAGGUCGUGAUGGAGCUCCUGGAUUACCUGGGCCAGCAGGAAAGGAUGGCUAUCCGGGCGCAAAAGGUGAAAGAGGUCUUUCCGGUUUUCCAGGAAUACCAGGAAAAGAUGGAAUUUCUGGAUAUUUGGGAGAACGGGGUGUAUCCGGUGUUCCAGGUAUGCCAGGUUAUCCUGGCAAUGUUGGAUUACCAGGACUAUCCGGUAUGCCAGGACAGAAAGGAACACGUGGUGAUGAUGGAUUGCCAGGUGUACCAGGUUUGCAGGGAUCGGUAGGGCCAAUAGGAAGACCUGGUCCUCCAGGUAGACCUGCUGUUUAUAAUCAAUACUUGCAUUCACCUAAGGGUGAGCAAGGGUAUGCUGGAGUGCCUGGACAGAAAGGCUAUCCAGGAGAAAAUGGAAACCCAGGCAUGCGAGGACCACCAGGAGCAGCAGGAUUUCCGGGUUUACCUGGUCCACCAGGUAGUCCCGGACUUCCAGGCAUACCAGGUAUCAAGGGUGAGAUGGGCUCGAACGGGUUCCCAGGAUCAACAGGACGUAUCGGACAAGUAGGGCAGCCAGGACCACCUGGAUUUCCAGGGCCACCAGGUAGCUGGGCACCAUCACGUGGUUUCACUUUUGCAAGACAUUCGCAAGCAACUGAAAUACCACGGUGUCCGGCUGGAUCACAAAUGUUGUGGAAUGGCUAUUCGUUGUUAUAUGUACAGGGAAAUGGUCGUUCUAGUGGUCAAGAUCUUGGUCAACCGGGGUCAUGUUUGUCGAAAUUCAGUCCGAUGCCAUUCAUGUUCUGUAAUUUGAACAGUGUUUGUCAUGUUUCUAGCAGGAACGACUACUCAUUCUGGCUUUCCACCGCAGAACCAAUGACACAGAUGAUGAAUCCGGUAUCCGGCACGGCCAUAAGGCCAUAUAUUUCGCGAUGUGCGGUAUGCGAAGUACCAACACAGAUACUAGCAGUCCAUUCCCAAGAUUCAUAUGUACCACAAUGUCCACACGGAUGGUCUCCUCUGUAUUCUGGCUAUUCAUUUGUUAUGCAUACUGCUGCUGGUGCCGAGGGAACUGGGCAGAAUUUGGAAUCGCCAGGAAGUUGUUUGGAAGAAUUUCGAGCAGUACCAUUUAUUGAAUGCCAUGGCCGAGGAACAUGCAAUCAUUAUGCAACUAAUCACGGCUUCUGGCUAGCCAUUAUUGAUAAAAAUAAACAGUGGCAAAAACCUAUGUCACAAACGCUUAAAGCGGGUGGUUUGAAAGACCGCGUGAGUAGAUGUCAAGUAUGUCUCAAAAACAAGUGA